AUGGACAUCCGACAGGGACUGGCCUCUUGGAUCGAAGGACAAGACUGGGAAGUGGCGUCUAACGAUGAGUCUGUUGCCACGGUGAUGUUCACGAACCUGUUAACACAAAUGGAAAAGGUCCGAUCUCAGGAGCAAAACUUUCUACUGAGACACAACAUGAAGAUUAUACAUCAGCAACUACAGGUGAGGUAUGGGUCCAGUCCGAGCGCCAUGGCCCGAGUGAUCUGCAGCUGUCUGAAGGAGGAGCAGAGGAUCCUGGAGAGCGCCUGUAUGCAACAACAGGGACCACUGGAAAAGUCGCUGCAGAACUCUGUGGCUUUGGAAAGACAGAAAAAUACGGACAACAGAGUAGGUCUGAUACGGAGCAGUGCACAGCUCUUGGACCAAGCUGUGAAGUUCAUCGAGGACAUGCAGGACGACUUUGACUUUCGUUACAAGACGCUUCAGUCCCGAGACACGGAGAGGAACUCGGAUCAUAUGAAACAGGAAGUAACACGUCUCCAGGAAAUGCUCAACCGACUGGACUAUAAGAGAAAGGAGGUGCUGUCGAAGAUGGACAUUGUGGUGAAGGAGAUCGACGACGUGAUGAACUCGGCGUUGUACCCGGAGCUGCAGGACUGGAGACGCAGGCAGCAGAUCGCCGCCAUCGGAGGACCUCGGCUCACCGGCCUGGAGCAGCUGCAGACCUGGUUCACGUUGACGGUGCAGAGCCUGUUCCAGAUCAAACGACAGCUGGAUAAACUGGGAGAACUGGUUUUGAAAGUGACGUAUGAGAGCGACCCCAUCCCACUGCAAAAGCCCCAACUGGAAGAGAAAAUCAAGUACCUCAUCUACCACCUCAUCAAGAGUUCCUUUGUGGUGGAGAAGCAGCCCUGUAUGCCCACACAUCCGCAGAAACCUCUCAUUAUCAAAACAGGAGUCCAGUUCACCACCAAAGUCCGGCUACUCGUCAAACUUCCGGAAGUGGAUUAUCAGCUAAAAGUUAAAACAACAUUUGACAAGGAUCUUCCACCCGGCAGAGUUCGCCAGUUUAUUAUUCUUACAAAUAACACUAAAAUCAUGGACAUUGAGGACUACUCCAACGGCUGCCUCUCGGUGGAGUUCAGACACCUGCAACUAAAGGAGAAGAAAUACAUCAAUGGGACAAAGGGAAAUGAGGGGCUGUUGUCGGUGACAGAGGAGCUCCACUCUCUCAGUUUUGAGGCUUCUUUCACGGUGCAGGGCCUCACCAUCGACCUGGAGACGUGUUCGCUGCCCCUAGUGGUCAUCUCUAACGUGAGCCAGCUUCCAGGGGGAUGGGCUUCAGUCAUGUGGUAUAACCUGCUGACCCACGAGCCCAAGAACUUGACUUUCUUUGCCAAUCCUCCUCGAGCGAACUGGACCCAGCUGUCGGAGGUUUUGAGCUGGCAGUUUGCAGCUCAAGUGGGACGAGGGCUGGACAAGGACCAGCUCAGCAUGCUGGGAGAGAAACUACUGGGUCAUCAUGUCUCCUGCAGUGACUAUCAAGUGUCCUGGUCCAGGUUUUCCAAGGAAAAUGUCCCUGGAAAGCCGUUCAGUUUCUGGAUGUGGCUGGAUUCAAUCUUGGAGUUGAUCAAGAAACAUUUGCAGCCAGUUUGGAGUGAAAAUCACAUAAUGGGUUUUGUGAGUAAAGGGAUGGAGCGGACUCUGCUGAAGGACAAAGAACCCGGAACGUUCCUGCUGCGCUUCAGCGAGAGUCACGUGGGAGGAAUCACCUUCACCUGGGUGGACCACGGCGACAACGGAGAAGUCAGUUUCCACUCGGUGGAGCCUUACACCAAGAACAGACUGAGCGCGCUGCCGUUCCCCGACAUCAUCCGUGAUUAUAAAGUCAUAUCUGACGGAGUGGUGCCUGGGAACCCUCUGAAGUUCCUAUAUCCCAACAUUCCCAAAGACGACGCCUUCGGACGACUCUACAACAGCCAGCCCAGCAAAGCGUAUCCAUACAUUCCAUCCACACUCAUUCCCAUCUCUGAAAUACGAAGCAGUAGCAGCAGCUCCAGUGUGGUCAGCACACCACCCCCGUCUCAGUCCCCUGAACCCCCCAUGACUCCGGGAGAGUUCGACAUGUUGAGCGAAACUCUGUGUUUCGACAUCGACACGAUGGCGUCUCCAUAUUCAGAGUAA